GUUGCGUUUUCACAGCAUAUUCGCGCGGUAGACAAAGAGGGCAACAGCGUGCGAUAAGGACAACAAUAUAAAUUAGUUCCUAUCCUAGGGGUGAUCCACACGAUGCAUGCUUAACACUGCGUAAAAACAGACAAAUAUGGAUCGUCGACCUACCGUCUCAUGCUUCUAACGUUUUUUAUCCAACAUUUUCUGUCUUGUUUUUUGAGUCGAAUGUUCGCCGCUUGUUGUGACAAUAAUGUGACAAUGCUGAGGAACAAGAUUGCAUCGGGAAAUAGGUUAGAAUCGUGCUGGAGUUAUCUUAUCAAACGUCAAGAGCAAAUAAUCGGAUCGUAAGAGGAAAAUGAGCAAACUAUGGAAUUAUCUGAUAUUUCAAGGAUGGAUGUCGUAUUUGAUGGCGGCCGGUUUGCUGGUUUUCACAAGCGGGUUCCUGCUGAACCGCGUCGUCAGGCCGGAACGCGCCGAAUGCAAUUAUUGCACGAAUUCUGACUGCAACGUCGAGCAGCUUCUUCAGAAUCCCGAUGCUGCCGCAACCACGUGCCUCAAGAGAAAGUCGCGUGUUGUGUUGUUGGUCGUGGACGCUUUGAAAUAUGAUUUUGCACGUUGGCACAAUGAUAAUAGUUCUGCCUCGUCUUAUCAUCGAAACAAGCUACCGAUAAUUCAUGAGUUGCUGCAGAAUCAACCCAUGAACUCGCGCUUGUACAAGUUCAUAGCCGAUCCGCCGACAACAACCAUGCAACGAUUGAAAGGUCUUACCACAGGGUCGUUGCCAACCUUCAUUGACAUUGGAUCUAAUUUUGCUGCUGAAAGUAUCGAUGAAGAUAAUAUCGUUGAUCAGAACACUGCCAAAGGUAUAGUUUUCAUGGGCGAUGACACUUGGACUAACUUAUUUCCUGGUAAAUUUAAACGUCAGUUUCCGUCACCGUCUUUCAACGUCUGGGAUCUAGACAGUGUAGAUAAAGAUGUUAGAUACCGUAUAUUUUUUGAGAUGAAAAAGGAAGACUGGUCCCUUCUUAUAGCCCAUGUUCUUGGAAUUGAUCAUUGCGGGCAUAAACAUGGGGCUAAUCAUCCCGAAAUGGCCAGAAAGUUAAAUGACACAAAUACUCUUAUAAGAGAAAUCAUUGAAUCCCUGGAAGAAGAUAUGGUACUUUUUGUCAUUGGUGACCAUGGAAUGACAGAGAGCGGUGAUCACGGUGGUGACAGCAAGAAUGAAAUCGAAGCUGCCAUAUUUGUCUAUUCUAUGGUUCCUCUUAUAAAAUACAACUCACCCAGCAAUAUCAUGAAUCAGAUUGAUCUUGUUCCAACGUUGGCGUCGAUUCUUGGGACACCUAUACCAUUUUCAAAUUUGGGAUCUGUUAGGCUUGACUUGAUUCCAAGUUCAGCAAAAAAUGGAAAAUUAGAAGAUGAUUUAUGGUAUUUGUUACAUUCAGUGUGGAGAAAUAUUGCACAAACAAAAAAAUAUUUAAAUAUAUAUUCUGCUGAUACUUACUUGUUUUCCAAAGAACAGCUUCAGAACUUGGAAAAUAUUUAUAAUUAUUUGUUUGAUCAAACUAAGAGUAUUACCACUAUUGAAGAAUUCGAAUCUUUCAUUGCAAAUAGUCAGAAUUAUUUUAAAUUGCUCAAAGAGACAUGUUCCGAAGUUUGGGUUCAAUUUGAUUCUAGUUUAAUGUCAAAAGGUCUACUUUUGAUGUUUUGUGCUUUGUUUUUCUUUUAUCUAUUUAUCACAGGCAUUCCAGAAAGUCGUAUGUCUAAGAUAUUCCAAUCAUCGUUUUUACAAUUUUCUAUUUUAGCAAACUUAAUUACUGCAUUGACAAUGUGUGUUUUGUUUUUCUUUGAUAUUUUAGAAGAAUUCAAGAACACCACAUUGUUUUCCACUGGUGCAGUGUCUAUAGUAUUAUUAGUAAUAUUAAUUGCUAAAAAUUGGGAUGUAAUUUCAUUGAGUUGGUACGAUUGUAGAAAAAUAAAAAAAUUGAUCUAUAUUACAAGAGUAAUACUUCUUUUAACAAUAUGCAGUCUUUUUUCUAAUAGCUAUAUUGUUGAAGAAGAUCGUGCAUUAUCUUUUUUAAUUGUUACACUUUUUUGGCUUCUUAUGUUUAAUCUUAGAAAAAAAGAUACUAAUGAAAGUCUAGAAAGAAAAACAAAGCUAUUUUUAAAACAGCAGACAAAAUCGAACUUGAAGAUAAUUAUAAUAAUUGUCUUGGUAGCAUGCAUUUCCAUAAGAUUAUCCUAUUACUUCUGGCGUUGUAGAGAAGAACACCAACGUGUAUGUUCUAUGUUUGUAAUUAGCAAAACAGGUUCUAUAACAUCGGAUAACUUAGAACGUAUUUUACUUGCCAUUACUUUGAUUAUACUUGCAUUGUAUAUUACAAUAAUAAGACUGUGGUUACAAAAUUGUGGAAACCUUUCUGGUUUCUCUCCUAGUGUUUUAGUAGGCCAAUAUUGUCCUGUUGUGAUAGGUGUUUGUAUGGGUUGUUAUUGGGUCCUUCAAAGGUUACCAAAAUUUCUAAAAGUAAAAUUUGCACUAUCUUGGCAAGUAAACACAUUGCCUAAUAUAGUAUAUGCAUUGAGUCUAUUUGCAAUCCUUAUACUAUAUUAUCGUCCACUCAGUAUAUUUCUACUACCAAAGAAAAAAGAAUCAAUUAACAUAUACCAAGAUGAAAAUGUAGUACCUCGAUUAUUUGAGAAAAUAAAAGAGUCAAUUUAUCGGAAAAAUGUAGAUGUAGAUCAAACACCAAUUGUUUAUGGCUUGGGUACUGCAUAUAGUGCCACAUUUAUCUCAUUAAGUGUAUUUCUUGUGUUAUUAUACUCUUUAUUGUUAGGGGAUAUAUUAUCAUCUAGUACUUUCUUAAUGUUUAUAUGUUGUGCCUCUGUUUUGGGCUUAUUGGCAAUAGAAAGAUGCAAAAAUGCUAAUAGUAUAUCUGAACUUGUAGAAGUACCUACUCCUAUAUUGUUGUGUUGGUUCUUAAUAGCAGAAUAUUUCUUUUAUGGAACUGGACAUCAACCGACUUUUCCUACUAUUCAUUGGGAUGCUGCUUUUGUGGGAACAGGUGGACAUUUCUAUGCGAAUUUAUUACCAGCAAUCUUAAUAGGAAUAAACACAUUUGGAUCACACAUUAUAUUAGGUGCAACAUUGCCACUAUUAGUUAUUGUACCAUUUACCUUUUACCUUGUAUUUCCAAAGUUAGCUAAAGUAAAGUUUUUGGAAGACGACAUGAAAAGAGGAGAAUUGCUUUUGUUUGAGCAAGAUUCUGUGUUUCAUGCUGCAGUAUUCUCAGUUGCAGGAAAAUAUAUAUUACUUCAUGGAAUCAGAACAUUCGGCAGUAUGCUUGCUGCGACGAUUCACUGUCGACAUUUAAUGGUUUGGAAGAUCUUCGCCCCGAAAUUAAUAUUUGAAGGCUUGGGAUUGUUAGUAACGUUAAGUAGCGUACUAGCGUCAUUUUAUAUGGUAUUCAGAAUUGAUCAGCAAAUGGAACAUCUUAUAUCCAGAAUGACAAAAGGCAGAUGAUAAAAUUUUUCACGACGUAAAAUGUAAUCAAUGCAGUAAAGUAUCAAAAUUUAAAAUACAAUAUUAAAUGAAGAAUGUGUACAAUGACGUUACUUCUGACUUUAGAAACGAAAAUUUCUAUCAAAAAAAAGGAAAAGAAAAUAAAGUUACCAGUACUGCCAUUUUCAUAAUUUUAUAUAAUAAUAAUUGAAUAAAUAAUUGAAGCAGAAAAUUAAAGUAAAGCAUUUAGCACACAAGAAUAAGAUGUCCUUUCCUUCGUUUCUUCAAAGACCAAGCUAAUUCUGGAGCUUCCCAACACACUAACGCUAUCCUGCGUGCAAUGCAUUGCUGAUUACAGAGAAACAAAGCAACGCACUUGAUGCAGGAUUGCGUCCAUGUGCGCUAAUGAUUGCUUGAUCAAUGUACGUACUUGUUUUACCGUUUUAAGUUAGUCAUUGUUAACCGUAUGUUUUCCAUUUUAUUUGUUGCAAUUGAAAUUGUAAAUAUAGUGCUAUUAUAAAUAUAAUAGUAAAUUUAAUAAAAAAUAUAUAUAUCUUUAAGGUGACAUUACUUGUGUAAUUUAAAAUAAUGGAAUUUUUUGAACUCUUGACUUUGCCGGUUUAUAGUUAUACGUUCGCUAUAUAUUUUGCAAAAUAUGCUUUAUUGAAAAGUAUCAUGAAACGUACACGUUAUAUAUAAUAUGCAAAAAAAUGAUCAAUUGAAAGAUAAAGAAUUUGUAAUUACAGGUGAUAGAAAUAUUCCUGCUAAGUCAGUAGUCUAAUGAUGAUUGUGAUGCCUGUGUCCUCUAUUGUCAUUUCUCAGGUAUUCCAUCCAGUUGGCCCAUUUAUAAUAAUCCUCAUAAUCAUUGGCAUC